AUGGCGAGGGCCUUGGACACAUCUGUGGCUCUCCCGCCUCCCCCGCCGCAGCAGCAGCCUGGCAGCAGCAGCGGCGCGCCAUCCGUGGCGCCCGUCGAGCCGUCGGUGUUGUCGAGCCGGCGAUGGCUGCAGCGAGUCGUCCCGCUGCAGUCGUUCCGUGCAGUGGGUGUAUCGUUCGACUCGCGACAGUCGCUCAUCCCGCAGCUGCACAGGGGCCAGGCGCUUGCGCUUGUUCGGGAGCCAGACAACCCUCACGACCCACACGCUGUGGCCAUCCGCACCCUAGACGACCAAAGCGUGGGCUACAUCGCCCGCGACAAGACCGCAUACUUCCUGCAGGCAAGCCGGGCGCGCCGCCGCGGCUUCCAUGGCCGGUGGAGGGACCUUUGCUUUGGCGCGGUGGGCAGCGUGGGCCGGCAGGGCGAGGAGGGGCUGUGGGGGUUCACGGUGCUGGUGCAACCCACUGUCCCUCCGGUGGAGGUCUAUGCCUUCCCUGCCAGCCUGGUGCAGCACGUGAGCCUGGGCCUGCGGCUGGCGCCUGCAGGCGGCCAGGCCUGGGCCGAGCUGAAGGCCGCCACGAUGGCGGCGGCGCGGGGGCGGUGCUCCGUCACCGCCGCGCCGCUGGCAGCGGUGCACGAGCGGUGGGGGUUUGACGACGCGCGGCGCGUGCUGCGCCUGCUGGGCUUCCGCGCCGAGGCGCCCGAGGUGCAGCAGAUCGGCGGGCUGCUGGAGCUGGAGGGGCGGGCCGCGCAGGACGCCGCCGCGCUGCUGCUGCAGCUCAACUGCUGGGGGCCGGGGGACGUGGAGGCGUACCUGGCGCACAAGCAGCAGUUGCGCCAGCAGCGCAGCGUGCAGCAGUGGAGGCUGGACCUGGGGCUGCUGGCGGCGCACGGCAUCCCCGUCCCGCCCGAGCUGCAGCCUCUCUGCAUCUGA